AUGCAUCUCCUCCUCCAGACAGCGAUAGCCGUCUUACCCGUCGCCGUCUACUACGUUCUGAGACGGAAGCACGAUUCUGUUCCGGACUUUCCAGGUCCAGAGUCUCCUUCGUGGCUGUAUGGGAACUUGGCCGAACUUCUCCUCGCCCCGGUCUACGGCCAGUACGAGUUUACCUGGCUCAAGCGAUUUGGAAGCGUAUAUCAAAUCCGGGGUUGUUUCGGGCGCACCCAGAUCGUCAUCGCGGACCCGGUGGCGAUGAACUAUGUGUUCAGCAGCCCGAAGUGGGACCAGACACCCCCCAUGUCGACGAUGAUGUCUAUGGCUUUUGGAUUGCAGAGCGUGGAGGGUUUCAGAGCUGCGGGCCCUGAGCAUCGUCAUUUACGAGGGGCGCUCAACGGCGCGUUCACGGCCUCUGUUGUCCAGGGCUAUGAACCAAUCUUUGAGCGAGUUGCUACCGGGAUUUCCGAAAGGAUUGACUCGAGCCCCACGAAUACUGUCGAUAUCGCGGACAUGCUCUCGGAUGCGACAUUAUCUGCCAUCUCACUUGCUUUGCUCAGCCGCCCUGUCGAGGAGCUUGAUCCCGAUUUUGUUCAAAUGAAUACCAAUUUUUUGCGUUUGGCGGCGAGAUCCUCAAAGAAGGAUAUGUGGUCGACCGAGUUACUAACCAACUAUAUCCCUCAGCGUGUAAUCCACUGGCUGUUGAGCUUCAAGGUAGCAGGUUGGCACGCCGUGACAUAUGGCCGAGAUCUCGGUCUGGCUAUCGGCCGCACUGUCGUCGAGGAUAAGUUGCGCGCUCAGGCAUCAGGCGAAGACCAAGGAACCCCACCCAUACAAAAGAACCUUUCCUCGAGUGCUUGUACAGCACACGAAUCCACCAUUUCGUACCGAUUCCCAUCAUCAUCUGGGAGUCCAUCCCCUCCCCCCAUCAUACCAUCGUCGCCCGAUCUGGCGCAUCAAAACCAACCCGGGCCCUCCAACCCCUACCUCGCCCUUCCGCCGCCUGAAGACGAGUUCCCCGACCUUGACGAGUUACCCUCCGAACAACCACCCUCGCCCCCACCUACCGCACCUGCUCCUACCAUGUCAGGACAUCACCGCAUCACCCUCGCCGCCAAUCCCCCCUACUUCGAUGGCGACAAGUCCAAGUACCUGGGCUUUGUGGAUGCGUGCACCACUUACAUCGGUGCCUAUCGGUCAGAGUUCUCGCUGGACGAGACGAAAAUCCUCUUCGUCCUGUCCUACCUCCGCAAUGAGAGCGGCACAAGCUGCGCCGCCUCAAGAUGGGCGAUGAACUGGAAGCAGCACAAUUUCGAGGGCUUCCAAGGACUGAAGGCGGGAGUCACAUCAAAGAACUUCCUGGAGGAGCUUCAGAGGGCGUUCGGGGACUCCAACGCGGAACAAGUCGCCGCUGCUCGGCUUAUGGCCCUGCGCCAAAACAAACGGUCCUUUGCGGACUACAUCUCCGACUUUGAGAUGUUGGCCGCGGAUGCAGGCUACAAUAUGGUCGACACCACCGACGACAAAGGCGAAUACAAGAAGGGGGAACAGGACAAUAUCCUCAUCGAGUUCCUGGAGCGCGGACUCAGCAGCGAAAUUGCAAGCCGCCUCUACAACACUGGCGUCCCCCUGCCCAAGGCAUAUGGUGCCUUCAAGAAUUGGUGUGUCAACAUCGAGGCGAACGCUCUACGCGAUCAGCUGCGCAAAGCAUCGCAUGCGCAAUCCGCACCACGACCGCCUCCCCAAUUCCGCCCACAGGCAGCCCCAAUGACACCUGCACCCGCCCCGGCCCGACCCGCUACCAACGAACCAGUUCCGAUGGAAAUCGAUCGCACCCACGCCCGCGGCCGCAAUAUCAUCUGCUACAACUGUCAGCAGCCUGGGCACAUUGCGCGGAACUGUCCGGAGCCAAGGAAGAAGCGCACAUUCUUCAAUCGGGCCACGAUGCUGGAAGAGAUCGAGAACGGGGACAAGGACAACGAGUUCCUCAAGGAGAUCGCUGAGAAGCUGCGCGAGAAGGGUUUUUGA